AUGGGCGACUCGGCCAAAACCCUCCCCGACGGCGCCAUCGCCUUUCGGCCGCGCUCAACACCCUACAGUCUAAUCCCGCAAAUCCCCACCGCGACCGACAGCGCUCUAAAUGACACCCUCACCUUGCAGCACACGGAGCUGGCCGCGCACUACACCCAGCUGCAGACGCUGGUGGAGCGUCUGGAGAAAACGCAGAAGGACUGCGUGAAGCGGGUGCGUCAUCUGGACGGCACUUUCAGCGGGAUACUGCACCGUCUGCCGGUAGAGAAUCAUGCCAAGAGGGCGCUGCGCGAUCUGGAGGAGCAGGUCUUCGAGUUCCAGGUGUGCUUGGAGAGGAAUCUGCAGUGUGUCGAGACGGCCAUGCGGGAUCUGGUCAGGAGACGGCUCAGACGUGAAUACGUGCAGACCCAGACGGAAUCCACUUCCAUAACCGCCCGCGAUGUCGCCCUACAGACCUCGGACGAUCCCUCUGCAGAAGAGGACAGUAGCGAGCGCAUCGUGUAUGCUCUUCCCGAUCUGGAGGAGGCCGUGGAGCAUCUCCAGAUCCACGCGGAAUGCCAGACGGAUCUGGCCAUGGAGCACUUCCUGGCCACCGUCAACGCUCCCUUCAGCGCCGUCAACCGCGACAAUGUCCUCAUUAUCUACCGGAAUCCCAAUAUCUACUCCUUUCUCAAACCCUACGCCAUUGGGGUGGGCGGGACGGCGUUGGGCGUGGUGGUGCUGUAUAAAGUGGUCAAAGGUCUGGUGAUGCUGAUGCGUGCAUAAAAACAGUGUGGUAUUCUGGUAUUUUAUGUGAAGUGUCAAAAGACAGCUACUGCUUCUGGAUUAUCGUACAUUUGUUUCGUUUUUGCGGUGAGGAUGAACUGGUUUGAAUUAAGCGGAAAUAAAAUAAG